AACCCGGCUGGUGACAGGCUCACAGUUCCGUGCCGGGUGUGUGAUGGUGCUCGACAAGCAAUAACCUUCAAAUAAUGCGGAAGGCGUUUCUGAGACACGUCCGUCGGUUCCCGUGGGUCACCAACGUUACACUGUACGGCUGUCUGUUCGCCGGUGGGGACUUCGUCCACCAGUGGUUCUCGCACAGGGAGAAAAUGGACUGGAGCCACACACGCAACGUCGCCGUGGUCGCGUUCAGUUUCCAUGGCAACUUCAAUUUCUUCUGGAUGCGGUUCCUGGAGCGGAGGUUUCCAGGGAAUUCCGCCGGGAUGGUGAUGAGGAAGCUGUUCCUGGACCAGACCACAGCGGCGCCCCUGGCUACCAGCGUCUUCUACACAGGUGUCAGUUUCUUGGAGGGCAAAGAGGACAUCAUGGAAGACUGGAGAGAAAAAUUCCUGAACACGUAUAAGACGGGGCUAAUGUUCUGGCCAUUCAUGCAGUUUCUGAACUUUGCCUUGGUGCCUCUAUACGUGCGGACCACUUUCACCGGCUGCUGUGCCUUUGUCUGGGCCACCUUCCUGUGCUUCUCACGUCAGAGCGGUGACGGCACGGCCAGAGCAGCUCUGGCAUGGAUGUUCCCCUCAAAAGACGAUGAAGCAGAGUCCACAAAGGAGAAAGUAGACUCCGAAGACAAGAUAGUGGCUCCUAAAGCUGGAACAGUAGCAUCUAAAUCUGCUCAGAACUGAAACAUGCAGUCAUGGUUAUGGAAAGAGACAAAACAUGAACAGGAAAACACUCGCCCGAUCAAGAUACAACCGGUCCAGUGGACAGCUGUCCUGUCUUUGGUUGAUAAAGCACUAUUGCUGGCAGGCUUUGAGAUCAAGGUCCCACUGAGGUUAAACUACAAUUGUGACAUGAAGCUCUAAGGUGGUUUGGGAACCAGCUUCCAGCAAAAGGAAUGCAUGUACUUACAGCAUAUUUUUCAGUAUUCACACAGCAUAUCAGCUCCAUGAAAAAAAUACUGUUUAAUCCCACCUUUCCAUUUGCAUGCUAUUUGUCUAAUCAAGUUUUAAUUGUUGUUUUUAUAAAUGCAGUCUCGGGUUCUCACAUUUCGAACAAAAGAAUACCCCUAUUCAGUUAGAACAUACUUAAUAAUACUGAAACGCUUCUGUGUCUGGGACUGAAGCUGUCUUGGUGGAGAUGUGUAAUGCCGAUGUUCCAGAUUCCUCCGCUUUUCACCUGAAUGAAAAACUGGAAUGAGUGUGGGAAAGGAGUUUUUCCACUAUGUGGAGUGGCAGCUAACAUAUUAGCUUUAGCUUCAUAAAAUUAGUGCAAAAUUAUAAACAUUUAAAUCAGUGCUUAGACUGUUAUCUUCAGAUGUAACAGAGUGCCUCAUCUCCAAGGACUUUCUGCUUUGGUUCCAGUUUACACUCUGGUACAAGAGUGCGUUUGCCAAAUACAAAUGCACACUGCACACUUUACCAACAAUCUGUUGUAUUCUAAUGUACAUCUGUUAAUUAUUAACAUGCAGGUUCAUAUUUUAUACCUAAGGACCAUAAUGUGCUCAACAAGCAGGAGGGACAAAAUGAAAAAAAAAAAAACAUUUGAUUUCCACAUUUUGCACCAUCUUCCCUUUACAUCUAAAUAUUCUGGUAAUGAGAUACUACUGAAGAUGACUCUGAGUUUGUUUAACAAUGACUGAUGAAAUUUGUCUCAGACAUCCAUUUACUUGAAUGUGGAAAUGCUGCCUGCCUGACGUCGUACUUCAUGUUAAUGUGAUACUGUGGAGUGCUCUCUAUUGUACCGUUUCCAGAUUUUUGCGUACAGUUUGCUGUUCUAACCUUCCUUUUUUUUUUUUUUACCUCUUUGUGAAAAUGUUGCUUCAUAGGUUUUACUUGCAGGCAGUGACUCUUGAAAAAUAAGGUCAGAUGCCUCCACCAAGCAGUUUUCUACAGAGGUCGUUUUUAUAAAUAGAGUGCAGCUCUGUGCAUAAGCUGACUGUUAUUGCUAUACAUAGAAUUUAAAAAGUUUCAGGCAAACUAGUCUCUUCUGUCUCAGGCAGAUAAUUAACCAAAACAUUCAAACUUUUUCACUUGUGUUCCCAUGUAUCACCAAAAGUCCUGCUGUGUCUAGUUUUGUUUUUCUGAUGUGGUCUAAAACAUUGUUUGUAGUGAUGCAUUUUGAAGUAACAUAUGCUAGAGACGCUAUGUGAUUAUAUUAUUUAAUGUGGCCCACAGAGCUGAAUUAAUACUGUGUUAAUAACACUACAUUUUUUGAAUUGGGGUACAGAAAAACAAUAUAGUCACUACUACUGGUACUACAUAGUCACUAUUUGAUCCCUUUUACCUUACUGAAUUCUUUUUGACUUGAAGAAUUGCAUCCUUAAGUAUAGUAAUUUAAUAUUAGUGUAGAAUUAUAGUGUUUCUUAUUGAUUAAUUCCUGAUUAUUUGAUGUGCCACACUGGAAUUGAAAGGUCAAAUGAGUGAAUAUUUCCUUUGUAUCAGCAGCUGAGAACUGGACAAGGUAACUCCAUGAACCUCAACAAAGGUUUUGUACGCUACCAUAGUAAAGUUUGAAAUUUCUGUCCUAAUUCUUUUUUUUGACAGGUUUUGAUAUCAUGAAGAACAACAACCGGAUCACCUUUGUUGACUCUAAUGUAUUGAAAAAAAUGAUUUGAUCACAUUUUGCACUACAGUUACACUACCUGUGUAAAAGCUAAAUUAAGAUAAAUACUAUUUAUUGUUGAAUAAAUUGAAAUCGCC